CCUUUAACGAAAAUAAAAAAAUAUGUUACAUUAUAGCAAGUUGAUGAGUUUAUAAUUCAUCAACCGGAGCUAAGAAAACUUUUAAAUCGUUAUUACAACAGCUUCUAAUCUUCAGACAAUGGUUCCGAUUCCGAGAUUUCUUAUCCUUCUAUUCUUCUUCCUGUCCUUAAGCAGCACAUAUGUUGCCGCAACGAAUCAUGUUGUGGGACAAGUUUCUGGUUGGGAUCUUGAUUCUGACGUUGCUGAAUGGGCUGCCUCCACUACGUUUCGCGUUGGAGAUACUCUAGUGUUCAAAUACUCGCCGGAGUAUGAUGUGCAGGAGGUGGGCCAACUGGCCUUCACGACGUGCGAUACAACGAAUCCAAUCAAAGAAUACAACGAUGGUUUCACCACGAUCAUGCUCACUGAACCCGGCACACGAUACUUCAUUUGCGGUCAACUUGGACACUGCGAUAGCGGCAUGAAGAUGGAGGUCGACGUUCUCUCUCUGCCUCCGCAAGCAAACAGAUACAAAAAUAAUCCGUGACGGUGUCUUGGUUUGCGUAUAAAUUAGGUAUUAGAUGGUUCAAAGUACUAAAAUGAAUAUUGAUGGUUUUUUAUUUGUCUUCCACAAAUAUAUUAAUUAUUUAAGAUGUAUAGUGGGGAUCUAUCAUUUGGAUCGUGCUCUUUAAUAUUC